AUGGCUGUGACACUGUUAGAAGAUUGGUGCAAGGGGAUGGACCUGGACCCCAGGAAAGCCCUGCUGAUUGUGGGCAUCCCUGUGGAGUGUAGUGAGGUUGAAAUUAAGGAGACCUUGAAGGCAGGCUUACAUCCCUUGUGUACAUACAGGAUGCUAGGCAGAAUAUUCAGGAGGGAAGACAAUGCUAAGGCAGUCUUCGUUGAACUGGCUGACACUGUCAACUAUGCUUCUAUACCCAGUGAGAUACCAGGAAAAGGAGGUGCCUGGGAAGUAGUGGUAAAACCUCGGAACCCAGAUGAUGAAUUUAUCAAUAGGCUGAGUUACUUCCUGAAAGAUGAAGGCCGGAGAAUGGUAGAUGUGGCCAAAACCCUGGGGUAUAGCAGCCUUCCCAUUGAGGGCAUGGAGCCAGAGGACUUGGACCAAGUCAAACCACCAGUUUUACAGCCUCUGAGAGAAAGCAUGUGGUACCGAAAGCUGAAAGUGUUUUCAGGGGGUGCUUUACCAGGCUCAGGUGAAGAGAGCUUUGAAGCUUGGCUGGAGCAGGUCACUGAGAUGAUGCAAAUGUGGCAGGUGUCAGAGGUAGAGAAGAGGCGGCGCCUGCUAGAGAGCUUACGUGGCCCUGCAUUGUCAAUCAUGCGGGUGCUCAGGGCCAAUAAUGACUCCAUGACUGUGGAGCAGUGCCUGGAUGCCCUAAGGCAGAUCUUUGGGAAUAAAGAGGACUGUAGAACCUCGCAGUUCAGGUUUCUUCAGACUUGUCAGAAGUCUGCAGAGAAGAUCUCUGCUUUUUUGCUGCGCUUAGAGCCCCUGCUGCAUAAAGCAGUGCAGCAGAGCCCGUUGUCAGUGCAAAGCACAGACAUGAUUCGCCUCAAACAUAUUCUAGCUCGGGCCUGCAUGACCACUGCCCUGCGGGGCAAACUUGAGCUCUUAGAUCAGCGAGGGUGCCCACCCACUUUUCUGGAAUUAAUGAAGCUCAUUCGAGAUGAAGAGGAGUGGGAGACCACUGUGGCAGUGAUGAAAGAGAAGCAGAGGCAAGUAGGACGGGGCCGCAGGCCAUCUGGAAGACAGGCAGUAGCAGAAGCAGGUGUCUCUGCAGUUCAGGUCACGGUGCACACAGGGUCUUUCAGUGAAAACAGCACCCAGACUGCACAGGAAGGUGCAUCCCCGUCACUGAAGCGCAGACGACUGCCCUGUGAACACUGCACUGGGGGCAAAGGCCAUAGCCAGGCAGCAUGUCCCAAGGCUGAGAACCAAUCUCCUGCUAAGCAGAGGCCAACAAUUGCUGCAGAAGGGUUGGGAAACGAGGAAGGGGCUGGGGGCGUGAGCCACCCCAAGCCCUAG